AUGAGUGUCGUCGCUGAAGACAUAACUCCCUCAAUGGCUCGGAAGCGCUCGGCGCCCUCCGAUGGCAAAGAUGCGCGCAAAGCAUCAUUGGCCUGCCUUACAUGUCGAAAGAAAAAGGUUCGGUGUUCGGGGACUACGCCUUGUCAAUACUGUAGCAAGCGUGGACUUGACUGCAGGGUCCCCGAGCAUGGACAUAAACGCAUGUAUAUGGCCAAUCGCAUUGAGGAACUCGAGAGUAAACUAGCGAGAUACGAAAGAGAUGGCUAUGACGGCCUGCCUUCUACUUUGCCCCCUAGAGCAUCUGAACCCCCGGUCUCAGGUACAACUCAGAUUGGUCAAAGAAGGGAAUCUAUCCUCCACCCACAAUCGUCUCAUUCUUACCCACAAGACCCUCAUCACAGUAGAUCAAGAUCUGGGAGCUUCAUUCGUCCGUCUACUAGCUUCUCAGCACCUCUAACUCAACCGAAAUUUCCUUCUUAUGAUGGCACUCAUACAUCACCUGCCGCAACUAUUCUAGCUGGCUCAUCCCUCAGCUCAAGUCACACCUUCGGUUCUCGAGUUCAAGAUCUGCUCGGUUCAUCUCGUCUUGAGUCAGAACAAGCGGCUAAGCCAUGGAUAAGCCCCGAGGCAAAUCAACUUGGUGAAAUCAUCAGCCACCCAUGGCGUCUCUCAAGCAGCGACUUCCCUAAGUUACCACCCAGGGAUGAAGCACAACGCUUGUUGGAUACGGCCUUGUUUUAUAUCGGCCAGUCACAGCACCACAUCGAUGCUCGAGAGUUCUCAGAUAAGAUGUGGGCGUUCUACCAGAACCGUGAUGACCCUGCUCAACUAGAGUCAUUAUGGGUUCUCGAGAUGAUUCUCAUGAUUGCGAUCGGAACACUAUUCGAUGCUAACCCGGAAGGAAAUGAUGAGUUUUCUGGUGUUGUUCUCUUCGAGUACGCUCACAGAAACGUGCCAACUUUGUCUGAUUUGCGUUUCAAAGGGAAGAUCGGAAUUGAGAUCUAUGCCCUGUUCGCUAUCUACCUCGGUAACAUGAAUCGCAAAGAAGAGGCUUAUCUUUAUAUCAGCACAGCUAUGCGACUCGCAAUCUCCCAAAAGUAUCAUAGAGUCUGCGGAACGAGGCAUUUGAUACAAUCGGAGAGAGUUCAUAAUAACCGUCUGUGGUGGACAAUCUACAUGCAAGAACGACGCCUAGCUGCAGCGACAGGAAACCCUCCCAGCAUCGGAGAUGAGGCGAUCAACAUCCCUCUUCCCACUGACUCUCCUGGUUUCCCACCCGUCGGUCCCAUGUGCACAAACAUCAAGAUCGCCAGAGCGACAGGGCGUAUCUUAGCUGUGCUUUACAACCCCGAGGACGAGUCAGAACAUACCUUUAUUCCUCAUGUUCAGGACAUUGUUAAGUCUCUUUACGAGAUCUCUCAAGAAAUCCCUUCUGAUUCAGUAACGGAUGUGUAUAAUUUGGGUCGGGAUCAGUCUUUGAGGACGACUGCUUCACUGCAUCUAAUGCUGUUCCAGGCAACUAUUCUUACGAUCAGACCGAUCAUGCUUCAUGCUGCAAAGCUAAUCCUCAGUGGCCAUGGUCCCACUGGAGAGCAGCUGCAAGCUUCACCACUUGGUAAACUGUCUAGAACUUGCGCUGAAGCUGCAAGGCGGCAGCUUAAAGUAGUCGCUACGCUCAGGAAGCGAAACAUGAUCGCAAUCUUUGGCUUCUACGACUUUGAAGCAUCCUUCUCAGCUGCGUUCAUUAUGAUUCUUGCUGCAAUCUUGGACUCAGUAUGCGAAGAGAACAUGAAGAUCAACCCCAAGCCAGGACUGCCACAAGCGUUGGAAGAAUUGCAGCAUCUCGCUGAUCACGGCAACACGUAUGCCCGCGAGAGAUUGAAUGAGGUCAAGAAGCUAUGGAAGGUGAUGGCCCAGAAGAUUGAGUCGCUUCAAGUAGUCAACGUUUCGCCUCAAGGCACCAACGGCGAUGCCCAGACCAACAGAGUCUCCCAUCCCAACGGUGCAACACCCGCUGGGUUCGGCGACUCAGGCAUUCAUCAAGACAUGGUCCCAGGCACCCAAGGCCAAACAUCGCCAGAAGACUUCAUGCUUCUCGACACAGAUCUAUGGGAUAACUUCUCCAAUCUCUGGGUUCCAAUGCCUGAGACCAACUCGCAGCAGGAGAUGAUGAUGGCGGAUAUCCCGCCCGAUGACUUUUACAAGCACUGUUACUCUAUGUAUAACAACCCGGAUUGGGAUUUGACGGGAGAGGAUGUUGGAGACUUUGCAGAGCUGGGAAGACAUAUUCAGGAUUCAUAA